AAUCAUCGGAAUAUUCCUUGCCAUGUUCCUCUUUCUCUCUCUCUCUUUUCCUCUCUUCCGUUUUAUGUUUGGCAUGUCUCACGCUUUUUUUCGCGCUCAUACAAAGUUCAUCUCCUUCGAUUCGUCAUCGAGAUAGCGCGAGGGUGACUGCGACGAGAGUCGCGUCUAUCAUAGUCUUGUGAUCGCUGCCCACGCGCAGCGACAACUAUCGCUGUUGUUUGUUGAACUCACUCAAGCUUGAGCGUGCUUGCUAUUCUGACAAUAAAUCGCCGGUCGCCCAACAGCUCAACGGGAUGUCCAUUAAUCUGAGCGAGGUCGAUCCGUUCAGUGAGACGCCGAUGGAGCUGCCCAUGGAGCAAGAAUCCUACGAAGAUGAUGACCAAACAAUAGUGGAAUCAAGUCCAAAGAACAAUAUAGAAAUUAAUGCUGUGAGUGAAGCAGAUUACGCUGAACCUUUGAUUCCGGAAGAAAUACGGUGGUUUUAUAAAGACGGCGUUGACAAAAGAUGGAACGAAUUUUGCGGGUACGACAGUUUAAGAAUUGAGAGAAUUUAUCAAGAACGUCAGAAUUUAAUUAGCGAAAGUAAUGAUGAAACAAAUGAUUUGCCACCCGCUGAAAAAAUUGUGGUUAGAGGUGGCAUGUACGAUAUCGAAAUAGAUAAUAUGAAAUGCGUUUCGAUAUAUUGGCCAG